CUGGCUUUCCUGAACUCAUCAUCCUUGCAGCAGAAGAAUAAUGGCAGAGUUGAAGUACAUUUCCGGAUUUGGGAAUGAAUGUGCCUCCGAGGACCCUCGAUGCCCAGGUGCCCUGCCAGAAGGACAGAACAACCCUCAAGUCUGCCCUUACAAUCUGUACGCUGAGCAGCUCUCAGGAUCGGCUUUCACUUGUCCUCGGAGCAGCAACAAGAGAAGCUGGCUGUAUAGGAUUCUCCCUUCAGUUUCUCACAAGCCCUUCGCGUCCACUGAUCAAGGUCACGUGACCCACAACUGGGACGAAGUUGACGCUGAUCCUAACCAGCUUAGAUGGAAACCAUUUGAGAUUCCAAAAGCAUCUCAGAAGAAAGUAGACUUCGUCAGUGGUCUACACACCUUGUGUGGAGCUGGAGACAUCAGGUCUUGCAAUGGGCUUGCUGUCCAUAUUUUCCUCUGUAAUACCUCAAUGGGGGACAGAUGCUUUUACAAUUCAGAUGGGGACUUCUUGAUUGUUCCCCAGAAAGGGAAACUUCUCAUUUACACAGAGUUUGGCAAGAUGCUUGUGCAACCCAAUGAAAUCUGCGUCAUUCAGAGAGGAAUGCGGUUCAGCAUAGAUGUCUUUGAGGAGACCAGGGGCUACAUCCUGGAGGUCUAUGGUGUCCACUUUGAGUUGCCUGACCUGGGACCAAUUGGAGCCAAUGGCUUGGCCAAUCCUCGCGAUUUCCUGAUACCUGUUGCUUGGUAUGAAGAUCGCAAAGUGCCUGGUGGCUACACAGUGAUUAAUAAAUACCAGGGCAAGCUGUUUGCUGCCAAACAGGAUGUCUCCCCUUUCAAUGUUGUGGCCUGGCAUGGAAACUAUACCCCAUACAAGUAUGACCUGAAGAACUUCAUGGUCAUCAACGCUGUGGCCUUUGAUCAUGCAGACCCAUCCAUUUUCACUGUGUUGACAGCCAAAUCUCUCCGCCCUGGAGUAGCCAUCGCUGAUUUCGUCAUCUUUCCACCUCGCUGGGGGGUUGCUGAUAAGACCUUCAGGCCUCCUUAUUACCACAGAAACUGCAUGAGUGAAUUCAUGGGCCUCAUCAAAGGUCACUAUGAGGCAAAGGAAGGCGGGUUCCUGCCUGGAGGAGGCAGCCUGCACAGCACAAUGACUCCCCAUGGUCCUGACAACGAUUGCUUUGAGAAGGCCAGCAAAGCCAAACUGGAACCAGAGAGGGUUGCAGAUGGCACCAUGGCAUUUAUGUUUGAAUCAUCUCUAAGUAUGGCCGUCACCAAGUGGGGCCUCAAGACCUGCAAUUGUUUGGAUGAGAACUACUACAAGUGCUGGGAGCCUCUCAGGAGCCACUUCACCCCCAAUUCCAGGAACCCAACAGGAUUUAAUUGAGAUUGGAGCUUUGCUACCAUAAUUGAAAAUGGAUUUGUGCAACUUCCUUUAGAAUUGUGUACCCUCUGGGAACAUUACAGGGAAAGGUUGUUUAAAAUGAGAACUCACUUCACAGUCAUAAAUGUAAUUCAGACAUUUAUAGAAGUGUAUGUAGAAAGAUCUGUGGCUGUCAACUUAAUUAAUAAAUACUUGCUGUCGUUCUGUGGAA